UCAAAGUCUGUGUGUUCUUAAAAGCAGCAUUUUCAUGACUGAGAAAUAAUCAAGAUUUGAAACAUAUAUACCUUGGAACACUGAGAACAGCAACAUGGGAGAAACUGAGAAAAGAAUUGAAACCCACAGACUAAGAUGUCUUUCCAAGCUGAAGAUGUUUUUGUUGGCGAUAACAUGUGCAUAUGUAUCCAAAACACUGUCUGGAUCUUAUAUGAAUUCCAUGCUUACUCAAAUAGAGAGACAAUUCAAUAUCCCGACAUAUCUUGUUGGAUUUAUUAAUGGAAGCUUUGAGAUUGGAAAUCUUUUGUUGAUUAUUUUUGUGAGUUAUUUUGGAACCAAGCUGCAUAGACCUAUAAUGAUUGGUGUUGGAUGUGUGGUUAUGGGCCUAGGGUGUUUCUUACAAGCACUACCUCAUUUCCUUAUGGACCGAUAUGAAUAUGAGUCUACAGUUUCAGUUUCAGGAAAUUUAUCCUCAAAUAGUUUCUUGUGUAUGGAAAAUGGAAGCCAGAUUUCCAGACCAACAGACCAUCCAUCAGACUGUGUGAAGGAAGUUAAAUCAUUAAUGUGGAUAUAUGUACUAGUAGGAAAUAUUAUACGUGGAAUUGGAGAAACUCCCAUCAUGCCUUUGGGUCUUUCCUAUGUAGAAGAUUUUGCCAAAUCCGAAAACUCUCCUCUAUAUAUUGGGGUUAUAGAAACAGGAGCUAUCAUUGGUCCUCUGAUUGGGCUUCUGUUAGCCUCAUUUUGUGCCAAUGUUUAUGUUGAUACGGGAUCUGUGAGCACAGAUGAUCUGACCAUAACUCCCACUGAUAGUCGCUGGGUUGGUGCAUGGUGGUUUGGCUUUUUGAUUUGUGCAGGAGUGAAUGUGCUCACGGCCAUCCCUUUUUUCUUUUUGCCCAAAACGCUUCCAAAGGAAGGACUAAAGGUUAAUGAUGAGAUAAUUAAAAAUGACAAAGAAGAGAAACAAAGAGAGGUCAAGAAGGAAAAGGAUGGAAUCACUAAAGACUUUUUACCAUUCAUGAAAAGCCUUUUAUGCAAUCCGAUUUACAUGCUCUUCAUACUGAUAAGUGUGCUACAGUUCAACGCAUUUGUUAAUAUGAUCUCCUUCAUGCCUAAAUAUUUGGAACAACAAUAUGGGAAAUCUGCCUCAGAUGCCAUUUUUCUAAUUGGUAUUUAUAACUUACCACCAAUAUGCAUUGGAUAUGUGGUUGGUGGCUUGAUUAUGAAGAAGUUCAAGAUAACUGUCAAACAAGCUGCCCAUAUAGGAUGCUGGCUAUCUUUAAUUGAAUAUCUUCUCUACUUUUUAAGUUUUCUCAUGAUCUGUGAGAAUUCUUCAGUUGCUGGCUUAACUACUUCUUAUGAGGGAAUACAACAAGAUUUGUAUGUGGGAAAUACGAUUCUUGCUGACUGCAACAAGGAUUGUAACUGUCCAUCUAAAACAUGGGACCCUGUGUGUGGAGACAAUGGCUUAUCAUAUAUGUCAGCUUGUCUUGCUGGUUGCGAGACAUCCACUGGAACAGGAAUUAAUAUGAUCUUUCAAAACUGCAGCUGUAUUCGAACAUCAGGAAAUUCAUCUGCAGUUCUUGGACUGUGUGACAAAGGAUAUGAGUGUUCCAUGAUGCUCCAGUAUUUUUUAAUUUUGUCAGUGGUCAGCAGUUUCAUUUACUCUUUAUCUGCCAUACCUGGAUAUAUGGUUCUUCUCAGAUGUAUCAAGCCUGAAGAGAAGUCUCUUGGUGUGGGAUUACAUGCAUUUUCCACAAGAGUGUUUGCUGGAAUCCCUGCACCCAUAUACUUUGGAGCUUUAGUGGAUUCUACAUGUUUACAUUGGGGAACAUUGAAAUGUGGUGAAGUGGGGGCCUGUAGAAUAUAUAAUUCUAUCAACUUCAGGUAUAUCUACCUUGGCUUGCCAGCAGCACUAAGAGGAUCGAGCUAUAUUCCAGCUUUUUUGGUUCUUAUCAUUUUGAGGAAGCACUGUCUGCCUGGUGAAAACAUUCCUCUGGGAACUAUAUUUGAAGAGACAAAGUCCACAGGGAAGGAAAAUGAGUGUAAAGAUACCCUCCAAAAUUCCAAAGAGUUGAAUGAUGAAGAACUGAAAACAAAACUAUAAUAACCAAUCAUAUCAUUCUUCCCAGAGUUGGAGAACAUACUGCAGUUAAAUUGUUUUUAAAAUCAAUAGAGGCACUGCAGACAACUUCCCCAUGUCUUUCAAAACCUCAUUUUCUCGUUUCUUUUGUUUUUGUUUUUUACUCACAUUAAAAAAAAUAACUGAUGGUAUUUCUGAGACAUUGCUGGAACUUGAGAUUUUCCUCAGAUGGGGCAUUUGUGAUAACCCUUCAGACAGGGCAUUAGUCAGCUUAGUUUUUAUGUUAAAAACAUUUUUUUCUUUUAGCUCAUAUAAAAUAAGGGCAUUCCCCCCACAGACCCUCCUCCAAAUGACUUUUGUUUUUUUAAAUCCUGUUUUAGAAAUAUUAAGUCCUAUUGGAUUUCUGCUUUGAUAGCCGAGCUAUUUUUAAGAGUGAAACUGUCAUCCUUCUUGUAUGAAUACUAAAGAUUUAUCAUAUCCAUGUGAAAGAAGCCUAUAGGUUUUCUGUCUCAUUUUAUUUCAAAAUUGUUCUUUAUUCAUUCCAGACAUGACUCCCAUAAAGCUUUCUUACACAUUAAUAUGUCACCACUUGCUUUCCGUUUGUUCUCUAAUUUAUUACUUUUACCAUACAUUUUCUCAUUUUGUUCACAGUACAGAGAAACCUUAUUGGGUUAUUAAAAAUCGUGUAAUAGACUGUUGGAAUGUUCCCUCCCCCACCCCCAGCAAUUCAAUUCUUAUGACUAAAAGCUCUUAAAAUGAAGUGUCUAAGUCAGAAGAAAGGUAAUAGCAGGAAACUACUAGCCUAUAAAGACCAUAUGUAGUGUCAGAUAUUAUCAAAAAGAACACUUUUUCAGAUUUAUGGGGCCUGCCACCCAUGCCCUUUUUAAGAACACAAACAUUAACUAUUCAUAAAUUAUCUUCAAGAAUGAAGUUUGCAAAAAAAAAGUUUCUGUUACAAAAUUGAGGUUAUAAAAUUCAAGAUGCAGAUUUAAAAUAAAAUAUAUACAGACUUUUGCAAGUUAUGGAUACAAUAAAGAGUGAAAGGAUUUUAGAUUAACAAGAGUCUUGAGGAUGUAUGGGGUUUCUGGUUCAAACUAGUAAAAUAAGUUGUGUUAAACUUACUCUCCCUCCUCCUGAUUCUCUAUCUGACAAUAAUGGCAGUCAUAAUAAAAUGAAUUGCAAAAAAUUUCUAAUGGUGAGAGAAAUGUGGGAAUAGAUGGUAGGCAAAGUGGGUGUCAAUAUACCAUGGUUAUUUAUAUGUGUUAAAAAGGCAAUGGGUGUGUAUCUCUGGGGGAAGAAAGAGGAAUGAAGCUCUAAUCCAGCUGCAGUCUGGAGCCAGGGCUGUAGGUAGAAACUUCUGAUCAGCAGGCUCAAGAGCACACGUUGGUAGGAGACACAAUGGAAGACAGUUAAUUAAAGGGAUUUCCACAAAUAUACAGAAAAAAAGGGCAAAUAUGUAUACAUGUAAAUAGUUGUAGAAAUAACAGUCAACCCAUAUUUGUGAGCUUGGGAGAAUCACUGCAGUUUCCGAUGGAGGGAGUGGGGACACAGAACUUUGGUGGUGGGAACUGUGUGGAAUUAUAAAUCAAUAUUAAAUCACUAAAAAAAAAUGAUUUCUUUAUUAAUUUGGUUAUGUGAGAUGAAAGGAAAACAAAUGUGUGAUACAGGUUUUGUGGGGAACAUUAGGACUCAUGAAGUCUAAGUAUUAGCUUUAACUGUAUUAAAAACGACUGUGAUAAUGUGCUGCAACAGGAGAGAAAAGAUGAAAAAAAAAACCUGCUGGAAAUGGGACUUGAGCUAGGAAUGAUGGCAAUACUGAAGUACAGUGAUAUGAUAACAUAACAUUUGGAGCUACUUUCUUGGGGGCAGAUGCUAGGGAGAAUGACCUAGAAGCUAAAUGAAAAAACAAGGACUUACUUAAUUCCAGAGAUCUGUGAAGAAAAGAUAACAGUGACAACAUAAUUAUUUUUUUGAGGAGAGGGGCAUCUCCCUCAGAAGAAACCCAGAUUUUUGAUUAGGGUUUGACUCAUGCAUCUAAUUUUUUAAAUGUAAAUUUAACAAACAAUAGUUGGAUUACACUUGCUUUAUGUUUCUCAACAAUGUUGAGAAAUUUAAAAUCCUUUAAAUUUUGUUACGGCUUUAUUAAUAUAUUCUAAUAUAUACAUAUCUUGGUAAGACAUGCUUUUUAUAUCUUAGGGAGAUCUCUCCUUCAGUUAAAAAGAGUGCACACCACACUCUAAAAAAAACUGGGUAAAAUGAUAUCACAAAUCUUUUACUCAUUUAUUUUUUUGUUAAUUCACUAGCAAGAAUACUUGUACCAUAUACAUUAUCAAAGAGAUUCGAAUAGAACUGUUCAAUUAACUUGUAUAUAUUUAAUGUAGAGCAGGAUAUAUUUUGGAGAACCGCAGGUAACAGAUUGCUUUGGGGUAACAGGAGAAAACAUAAGAAUAAAAAACACACAGAGUAAACUCUAAAGAAAGUU